AUGCCAGGUAAAUCAGAAAAGACAGAAACACCAUUAAUUUUUGCACCAGAGACAUUUCAAUACGAUAAGUUGUCAUUGUCAGAGGAGCAACUAGAAAAGGACCCAAUCGACCAAUUCACUAAGUGGUUCAACGACGCAAGAGAUGAUCCUACAGAAGCGCUACCAGAAGCGAUCACAUUUUCCUCCGCAGAGUUACCAUCUGGUAGAGUCUCGUCUCGUGUGUUAUUGUUCAAAGAAUUAGAUCACCGUGGUUUCACCAUAUACUCCAAUUGGGGUACCUCUGCAAAGGCAAACGAUAUAAAAACGAAUCCAAAUGCUGCUAUCAAUUUCUUUUGGAGGAAUUUGCAGAGACAAGUUCGUGUAGAGGGCUUUACAGAGUUUGUAAAUCGUGAGACUUCUGAAAGAUAUUUCAAGACAAGACCAAGGGGCUCUAAGAUCGGUGCAUGGUCUUCCCCACAAUCUCAAACUAUUAAAAACAGAAAGGAACUUGAAGAAUUGGUCGAAGCAAAUGCUAAAAGGUUCGAAAAUGUUGAAGAAGUCCCUUGUCCUGAAUACUGGGGUGGAUUAAGACUCGUUCCUUUAGAAAUCGAAUUCUGGCAAGGUAGGCCAAGCCGUCUCCAUGAUCGUUUCGUCUACAGAAGGAAAUCUGCUGAAGAUCCUUGGGAAGUGAUUAGAUUAGCUCCAUGA